CCGACCCCCAACUCCUACAACGACUGCAAGGUUGGGAAGUAUCGACUGCAAAACCGUAGGCAAAACAGAAGAUUGAAAAAAAAACACACAGUGAACACAUAAUCAGAAGAGCGCCGCCGAGAAAAAAUUAUAGCAAGUGAUGGUAAUCAUAACAUAAAACGGCCAACCAACGAAUGUACGCGCGCGGUCGAAGUAAAAACGAGUGAAAUUAUAAAUAAAAAUAUGAAAAAGAAAGUGAAUUGAAUUUUAAUUCCCCCGCCCGAGAAGAGAAGCCGCCAGAAAGGGUAAACCGAAGAAAUCCAAACGCGACUGGUGUGAAAGAAGAAGAAACCGAAGAAUACGACAGAGAAGAAGAAAACCCAAGAGUGCAAGGGAAAUAAAGUUUAAAUAAUUUAAUAAAAGUGUGGAAAUACAUAUCAACUGCGAAAACAUGCUUAUCUCAAGCUUCUAGCGUAUGAUAAUGAUAAAGAGUGAGACCAGUGCAAGUAAGAGAGCGAACCAAGGUAACGAUUAAUCCCUGGGUGAAAAAAGAAGAGGAAAAAGCGCCGUGGGUGAAUGAUCCAAAGUGUUUGUAGUUUGCACGCUUUCGUGUGUCACUUUUACUCUCAAGGCAGCUGCACGUAUCUACUCUUGAAGGUCAUUGAUGAAGUGGCUGGGCAGCAUUUCUGAUACGUUGGUUCCUAGUAGCAUCAGCAAAUCCAUCUGCGACAUUGACCCGCACCUUCGCACUCUUGGGGACCAGCAGUCCACUAAUUAACCACCAUCCCAUAUGAAGUAAGAUGUUAGGUCCCACCAAAUGGAGACUCCUAACGAUAGUCGCCGGAAUAUUACUCGCACACGCCAUUGAAUCGCCGAACAGCAGGAGCAACAAGCUCAAGGGCCAAGUUCGAACCUUCACAAACCCGGAUCUUGGUCUACGGAUAGAACAGAUCGAUCCCUGGGGCAGUCGGACGAUCACAUCACGAAAUCUUCUCGUCCCACAUGAGACCUUCUCCAAUAUAGACAACGUCCGGUACAUCGACAGUCGAUCUGCGAACAGCCGCUUGUUGCGAAAUACUUUUGGAGCAUUUAGGUUUGCUGGUCCAUCCCAACCUCAGCCAUAUCAGGUGCCUUUGGAGCAACCUCAAACCUCCCAGCAACGGAGGGCUAAAUCUUUCCAAAACCGUCGUUCAGACGAUGGAUCCCAACAGCCGGGUGUGCGGUUAGUUCAACCCAAUCUGCUGCCUCAGCAGAGCCCUGAACCCCUUCCCGAGGCAUCAGUCCUCUAUCAGGAUGCCGAUCCAUACAUCAUUGGGCUACAAAAUGUCACAAAAGCCCGUUCAAUGCGGUACAAACUCAUCCCCAUCGGAUACUUCUCCCAGGAACCUAACUUCACCCCUGUUCUAACCCCUGUUCAAAACACACAACCUCCAAAAACCACCCAAAAUGAUGAACCUCACGAUGUGGCCUUUCCAACUGACGGUCCGCAGCACCAGCCCGUCCCCAAUCUGCAAUCCAACAGUUCCCAAUCGGAGCUGAAUGCCAUGGGCGCCCGUCGUUCCGGAAUUCAAUUCCCUCCUGGUCCGUACAAAGUUGCCAGCACCUUCACUCCGCAAGGCUACAGCGAAGACAACUUCGCUUACGCUGACAACCUAGGCGUGUACCAUCGCCCAGUCAACACAGCCGAGGACUAUGACGAGUCAGAUCCGUACGACACCUGGCAGCAACGCGCGCCCACAGUCGCGCCAUCAUCAGUAGAAUCAGACCAUGGGGAUAUAUCCCGGAACAUUUACGCCACUCGCCAUUUUCGCGAGUUUCCACGGCCAUCGCCCACUCCACUGGAUCUCAGACCAGCCGAAUCGGUGAUUCGGUCAAGUCGUUUGAUCGAGUUUCCCGGAGCAGUCAACGUGAAGCAACCAUUUCGGGACGACGUGACCAAGUUUGGCGAUGUGAAUGGCCCGAUAACGGCAGUGCAGCGUCCGUACGUCGAUUACGGCGACGGGAAGCGCUACCGGGCGUACGAUCCGAACUAUUUCGUCAACAGUCCGUACCAGCCGUCGAACCAGCAGCACUACUUCCCAUCGAAGCUGUACACCGAGCCGAAGAUCUAUCAACCGCCGUGGAAGUCGUCGCGCUCGCCACGGGUUGUGUUCCCGCAGGGUGACGUGUCCGGUCCGUCCGGGUUUGGUGUGGAUAAUGUGGUUUUCAGGGAUCAAAACUUUGGCUUGAACGAACUGGCAGCGAUCCAGGAUGUGCGGAACGAGUUCAACCAGGAUGACAUCAACGACGAACCGUCAUCGACCAGCAAAGAUCGAGUUGAUCUCGCAAUCUAUAGACCAUAUGUUAUCCCACCUACCAUCCAUAAUCCCUACCCCGUACCGAAAGCACACACAACAGUAAGCAAACUGCCAAACUACCGUGUCAUCUAUCCUCCUAAAAGAGCAUCUAGAUCUAAAGCUAGCUCCUAUGCAACUACUACUACUACUACUACUCAAAACGCAGUUGGUGGUGUUGGUGGUAGCGGAGGCAUCGGCAGCGUGGGCAACGGCGGCGGUGGAUUCCGUGGUGGUGUCCGGUCGGAACUGCAGUGCCAGCACGAGGGCGGGACCUGCGAGUUUUUCCUGCUCUGCUGGAUGUCCGGCGGGCUGCUUCAGGGCUCUUGCGGCGGACUGCUGAAGGGGUGCUGCCAUCGGACGGCCAAAUCGGCCAACAUCGGCGUCGAAAGCGGCAACACGAUCGAUCUAACAAAUCUUCCAAAUUACGAAUACGGUCCGAUACAGAACGAUCCCAGCUGCGGUAUCUCGCUAGCGAAGCAAACGGCUCAGCGGCGGAUUGUUGGAGGUGAUGACGCCGGUUUCGGUUCGUUCCCCUGGCAAGCCUAUAUUCGAAUAGGCUCAUCGAGAUGCGGGGGUUCGCUGAUAUCACGGCGCCACGUGGUCACGGCCGGACACUGUGUUGCCCGUGCGACACCGCGUCAGGUGCACGUGACCCUCGGGGACUACGUGAUCAACUCGGCCGUCGAACCGCUACCGGCCUAUACAUUUGGGGUGCGCUCGAUCAACGUCCAUCCAUACUUCAAGUUCACCCCGCAGGCAGAUCGCUUCGACGUGGCGGUGCUCACGCUGGAACGAACCGUGCACUUUAUGCCACACAUCGCACCCAUCUGUCUACCGGAGAAGAACGAAGAUUUUCUAGGCAAGUUUGGGUGGGCGGCCGGCUGGGGUGCGCUCAAUCCCGGCUCGAGACUGAGACCAAAGACGCUGCAAGCGGUUGAUGUUCCUGUGUUGGAUAACAGAGUUUGCGAAAGGUGGCAUCGCUCGAACGGAAUCAACGUGGUCAUCUACCCGGAGAUGCUGUGCGCCGGCUAUCGGGGCGGCGGUAAGGACUCCUGCCAGGGUGACUCCGGUGGGCCACUGAUGCAUGAGAAGACCGGACGAUGGUUUCUAAUAGGUAUCGUGUCCGCGGGAUACUCCUGUGCCACACGGGGUCAGCCCGGUAUCUAUCAUCGCGUCGCCAAUACCGUGGACUGGAUUUCACACAUCGUGCAAGCAUCGCCACAAUAGCAUAAGGAUGACGACCUCCAGCGAGCCAACGCAGGCACCGUAGUUGAAGUCGUCAAUCGAAGAUGG